CAGUCAUGCACACCAAUUUCUUCUAUCCGAGCCGAGUGAGCUCUGGGCAUGGAGCCCAUGGACUGAAAUAGCAUGAACGUGAGCGACAUAUGGACGCCAUACCCCAUCUCCCAAGCCUCCUGGCCGUCAUACUUGAAUCGAUACUUCGAUGAGGCACGCAAGCCCUCGUUCAUCGCGCGGGACAUCUGGUGUCUGUCUCGCACAGACUCGGGCUUGGAGCCUGAUCAGUGUAAGCAGGAACUCUACAACCAUCUCUGUGCAUGUGAGAGCAGUCUCUCUGAAUGCUUCAAUCCGGCGACGCAGCCCGCCCCGCAUCUGCUUUUACUUCGAAUGCGCCACCACACGCUGGUCAUUAACCUCUGUUGCAAUCGGUUCGGAGUCCAUCCAUUACUGUCUGAGCAUGACGAGCGCACUCCCCGACAAACCAAAGGGUUCAGCGCCGUGGAAAUUGCUGUCUCGUUGGCGCGGGCCAUCGCUGUGGUCUCACAACAGCUGCGGGUGGAGUACAGAUUGGAGCAUGCCCACCAGUUCGCCAUGUAAGCUGUCAACCUGGCGCUGUUUACCCUGCUCGAUCAGGACACAUUCGACAUCCUCGACCGGGACUUCCUGACACUAACCAGCACCCUGUCCAUCAUCGCCUGCCGCUCCCACCUAGGACGGCACCUCUUUCACUUCUUCAAGCUGGCAGCGCGAUCGCGCAACCAGGGUAAUCGGGUGCAGCAGUCCGACGAUGUGCCGCCCGGCAUCA